CUGGAAGCCCCGCCCCAGCUACGCUGCCAGCACCACCCUUGCUCGAACGAACCCGCUGACCUCCCUGAGUUCAUCGUUUCCCGGACCGACAGACGAACAGAACCCGGUUCUCCACACGCCAACAGCAGUCAGGAACAACGGACGGCACACGGUGGCUGCUGGAGAUCCAUGUGGAGUCCUUCAUCUCCAGCCUGGACCAGAGUUUGGAUCAGAUAAAAAGCUUGAGUGCUGGUCGUGGAGGCAUCGAUUCCCUCUCUCAGGUCAGGAGCUAGUGACCCAGGAUCAGGCUGCAGCUCCAUUCUAAUCCUCCAAAGAGCUUUAGCGGGUUGAGUUUGGACCUGGACGGUGUCGGGCGCUCAGAAAGGACCUCAGCUGUCCACCAUGAUGCAGAUAACUGACUCCUACAACCAGAAGAAUUCUCUCUUCAACGCCAUGAACCGCUUCAUCGGCGCCGUCAACAACAUGGACCAGACGGUGAUGGUGCCAAAUCUGUUGCGGGACGUCCCGCUGGACGACAGCGAGGAGCUGAAGGUGCCAGAGGCCAGCACCACCCCCUCCACCAAUGGCAGCGUGUACUUCCAGCAGGACGGAGACAUGUACACCUCCUACAUUCUGCUCAAGUCCAUCCGUAACGACAUCGAGUGGGGCGUCCUGCAGGGUGACGAGCGCCCAGAGGAGAAGGUGGAGGUGAAGGAGGUGAAGCAAGCAGAGGCGGAGGACGACUUGGAGAAACAGUUUCAUUUCCACCUGAACGGACUCCACGGUGUUCUGUCCAAACUGACGCUCAAGGCUAACACGCUCACGAACCGCUACAAAGAGGAGAUCGGCUGCAGGAACUGAGGAGAACCUGAGCAGGAAACUUCCAGAAACAGAACCAUGCAGUUGCUUUCCAGCUGAUUUUAACUCAUUAACUACUAAAACUAAGCAUCUUACCAAGCAGGUCGUUAUUUAACUCCAUUAAAUACUUUGCCAGGAAGCUGUUGCUGACAGGUCAGGUUGACGGAUCAGUUGCAGAAGAAAUGACCACAUAUGAAUAUUUCUAUGAAAUCUCUGGAGAACUUCCAGAUUUCAUCAACAGUCUUCUGUAAUCUGAAAAUAUUUAUUUCUCUUUGUUCAUGUUGGAAAAACUUGUUAGAUUAAAGUUUUAAAAAGAUCAGAACUUCAGAGACUCCAGACAGGAGCCCAGAGGGACGCCACGAUCUGUUUGUCAUUGUAGUGAUUUCUAACCAAGUGUCCUUGAAUGCACCAUCAGCUCCACUAACUGGUCCAGACUGGUUAGUCUGGAAGUGGGUUUGGUAGCUAAUGGGCUAGAACCAUACCUGGUAGUUCAGGUGAGGUUACCGUUCACCAGGAGAAGCUGGGCUUGCUCCUCUAACGGGUCUUCACGUGCUACAUUUCACGCUGCAGACUCUAAACUAUGCAAAGAUGCUGACGGCACAGAGCGACUGGAUGGGUCUGGACCGGACAAACAACAGAACUCCUUUCUUCUACCAACUGUAGAAGCACCAGAACCGCUCAGCUGGGCGUUUCUGUUGGACUCGUGUUCAGCUUGUUUACAUGUUUGGGUCUAUUUGAAAUGAACAUGAAAUUAUUCACCAGAUACAGAACCAAGGUCCAAACAAUGUUCUGUUCAGUGGUUCACCUGCUAGAUAGCGUCUCCUGAAGGACCUUCUCGCUGGUGGAGAUCUGGUCACAAUGCUGGAGUUUACUGAAAUCAGGAGCAGCAGAUCAGAAACUUCUGAAACCAGCAUUGAUCCGAAAUGAUCAAACGAUCAGAACCUGAAGGUUUCCGCUGGUUCUUCUACUCUGGAAGCUCUUAUGGAAACGUGAUGUUUUUAUUUCAUGUCCAGCUUGGUAAUAAAAAGAUCUGCUGAA